CCUAUAUAAGAAGCAACAACUCAGAGAUGCCUUAGAACCAUAUCUUUGAAAUUGUGGUUUCAAUAAAUUACAAUGGUAGUGAAGGUGUAUGGCCCAGACUAUGCUUGCCCUAAACGGGUGAUAGUGUGUCUCAUUGAGAAAGAGAUCGAGUUUGAAACAGUUCAUGUUGAUGGCUUUAAGGGAGAGCACAAGGAGGCUGAAUACCUCAAGCUGCAGCCCUUUGGAUUACUCCCUGUUAUUCAAGAUGGUGAUUAUAUUCUUUAUGAAUCUAGGGCAAUCCUAAGAUACUAUGCUGAAAAGUACAAAAACCAAGGAACUGAUUUACUUGGAAAGACAAUUGAAGAAAGGGGUCUUGUGGAGCAAUGGCUAGAAGUUGAAGCACAUAACUUCAACCCACCAGUCUACAACCUAGUCAUGAAUAUCUUGGUUUACCCCUUAGUUGGCCUUCCAUCUGACCCAAAAGUGAUUGAAGAGAGUAAAGAAAAGGUUGGAAAGGUUUUGGACAUUUAUGAGGAGAGGCUAUCAAAAACUAAGUACUUGGCUGGUGAUUUCUUUAGCCUUGCUGACCUUAGUCAUCUCCCAUUUGGACAUUAUUUAUUGAAUUCAAUGGGACUAGAGAAUAUUGUAAGGGAAAGGAAGCAUGUUAGUGCUUGGUGGGAUGAUAUUAGUAAUAGGCCAUCUUGGAAGAAGGUUCUUGAACUUUAUAAGUUCCCUAUGUGAUUUGUUGGUUUGUGGAAGUGACUUUGUUUUUUUUCUUUCUUUUGAAUACAAUAAUGUUCCCCUAUCUUCAAGGGCAUGUAGUAUGUUUGAAACUUUGCAAUAAUACUUUGAUGCUAAAGUUAGCAUUUAUCUAUUAGUA